AUGCCUACUCAACUCGUCGGCCAGACCGUCACCCCCUUCCUCAGAGAACACAUUCCUGGCAUCUAUGCUCCUAUCGGAAAACCUGAUGUCCAAAAUAACAACAACAGCCUCAACCAGAACCGCGACCCCAACAGCAAGUUCUGUUACCGUCACCGCCCCGACGCAAAGUGUCGUCGCGCCGCUGACGAGUCCAAGAUGGUCUUAAUCCAAAGUGAACUCGAUAAGCUUCCUUCCGCCGACCAACAGGCCAUCACCCACGUCUGGUCCCUCUUCUCGGCCGCUCCCGCUAAGCACCGCGACCUAAUGCUGCAGGGCAUCAUCACACAAUGCUGCUUCCCACAGCUGUCUACCGUCUCGAGAGAAGUGCACGAGCAACUCAAGAUCGACUUUAUGGCCGCACUUCCGACCGAGAUAUCGUACAAGGUACUUGGCUACCUCGACACUGUCUCCCUCUGCAAGGCCGCUCAGGUGAGCAGGAGAUGGCGGGACCUUGCCGACGACGACGUCGUAUGGCACCGCAUGUGCGAGCAACACAUCGACCGCAAGUGUACCAAGUGCGGUUUCGGCUUGCCCCUCCUCGAGCGCAAGAGGUUACGAGACUGGAACAAGCAGAAGGAGCUUGCCGAAGCCAGGAGUCUACAGGAGGCCGCGCCCGUCCAGGCCGCGGAGCAGGCCGAGGAGAUUGCGACAGUAUCGUCUCCCAACGCCAAUAAAAAACGGGAGCUUGUCGUGCUCGACGACAGCAGGAAGCGAGCCUGCCUGAGCGACCCGGGCGAGCCUAUGGCGCCCAAGUUGGGAACCGAGAAGGAGCGUGAACGCUUAGUCCGACCAUGGAAGAGCGUGUACCGCGACCGUUUUAAGGUCGGCUUCAACUGGAAGUACGGUCGGUGCCACAUCAAGACCUUCAAAGGCCACGACAACGGUGUCACCUGUUUGCAGUUUGAUGACGAGAUCCUUGCCACAGGGUCGUACGACGCCAAGAUCAAGAUCUGGAAUAUCGAGACGGGGGAAGAGAUUCGCACUUUGAGCGGUCACACGAUGGGCAUCCGCACUCUCAAGUUUGUUGGCAAUAAGCUUUUCAGCGGCAGCUUGGAUCACACCGUCAAAGUCUGGAACUGGCAGACAGGCGACUGCAUCAGCACUCUCCGUUGCCACACUGAAGGCGUCAUCACGGUCGAUUUCGACGGAAAGUACCUGGCAUCAGGCUCCAUCGACAAGUCGAUCAAGAUCUUCAACUUUGACAGUAAAGAAACCUUUUGCCUUCGUGGCCACGAGGACUGGGUCAACCAAGUAAGGCUGGACCCGGGCUCGCAGACGCUCUUCUCGGCCUCUGACGAUUGCACCGUCCGCCUCUGGGACCUGCGAAACAAGACAUGCAUCAAGACUUUCGAGGGCCACAUGGGUCAGGUGCAGCAGAUUCUGCUGAUGCCCGACGAUUUUGAACCGGAUGAGGAGGCGCUCGCUGGCGACGACAAUGCGUCGGUCAACAGUGGCCGGAGUACGACCCCGGCGGCGGCGUCUGCCAAUGCAGCGUCCAUUCUCGGCUCCUCUUUCGGCAGCGACCUGGUGACGGCGGAAGACGACCGGCCUUCGUUCGGCUGCGCCUUUUCCUCGGACUCCACUCGGCAGCUGCCGCCCCGCUACAUGCUCACCGCCGGCCUUGACAACACCGUCAAGGUGUGGAACAUCCACACCGGCAAGUGUCUUCGCACCAUGUUUGGUCACGUCGAGGGCAUCUGGGGCCUUGUUGGCGAUACUUUACGCAUCGUCACCGGCGCCAACGACUCCAUGGUCAAGGUCUGGGAACCCAAGAGCGGCAAGUGCGAACGCACCUUCACUGGCCACUCUGGUCCCGUCACCUGCGUCGGUCUCAGCGAUAGCCGCAUGGCCAGCGGAAGCGAAGAUGGCGAAGUACGUCUCUACAGUUUUGAGGCAGAUGGCCCUCUGCUUGAAGAGUGCGGCACCCCUGCAUAA